GAGGCUCCACAGAAGAGAUGCCGUAAAUCUGUGGUGUGGGAGCAUUUCCAUUUGGAAACCCCAAAUAAAGUGAGAUGUAUGUAUUGUGAUAGGCAGCUAGCCUACUUCAACAAUACAUCAUCCAUGAUGCGCCAUUUGAGGAGCACUCAUCCUGCCAUUUUGCAGUGUGCAGAGGAUGGUAACAUUCCCCCUGUACCUAGGCCUGCUACUGACACUGCUGGGCCAUCUAAACAAGGCAGACAGAGGGAAUUGGAUGAGGCUCUUGUAGACAUGGUGGUAAAGGAUUUGCAGCCCUUCACUAUCGUGGAGGAUGAGGGUUUCAUGGCUUUUGUGAACAAACUUGAUCCAAGCUAUGUCCUCCCAUCCCGGAAGGCACUUAAAACGAUGGUAACCGAAAGGUACAACAUUUCUAAGGAGAAGACAAUGGAGGACCUAAAAAAGGCAGAUUUUGUUAGCCUUACAGCUGACAUGUGGUCCUCCAUUAAUAUGGACGGAUACCUUGGUGUUACUUGCCACUACAUAACACCAGAGGCAAAGCUGGCAACUGUUGUACUGGGUGUAAGGAGGUUUUACCAAACACACACAGCCCAGCAUCUCAUGGAGGCUAAAGCUUUGCUAAUGGCCGAGUGGGGAAUAACCACCAAAGUUCAGUGUAUGGUGACUGAUAAUGCAUCCAACAUGAUCUUAAGUGCCCAGCUACUGAACCUUCGGCAUGUCCCAUGUUUUGCCCACAAUUUAAAUUUAAUUGUAAAAAAGGCCCUAGAUCAAACCCCACUCAUCAAUGAAAUACGACAGAAAGCCAGAAAGAUAGUGGGGUUAUUUAGAUCCAGCUGCAAAGCAAAGGACAAGCUUGUGGAGAUGCAGAGCUUGAUGGGCAGACCAGCUCUGAAACUGAUGCAGGAGGUGGACACAAGAUGGAACAGCACUUACACCAUGUUGCAGCGCUUGUAUGAGCAACGAGAGCCAGUGGGUGCAGCGCUAUCAAAUUUAAACAGUGAUACUGCUCCGCUGACAAGUUUUGAGUAUAACAUUAUACAAGAAUCAUUGUCACUACUGCAGCCUUUCAAACUCGCAACGACAGAGUUGUCAGAGGAACAGAGAGUGUCUGCUUCAAAGCUCAUACCACUUUACAGGAUGUUGCAGCACAAGCUAUCGCAGAAAAAAGGCUGCACACACCUGCAAGAAGGUCUGCACUCAAGAUGUGGUGGGUACGAGUCAUUCAGAGCCUUGGCUCUGGCUACACUGCUGGACCCAAGGUUCAAAAAUGUGGGUUUUGGAAAUCCUGCCAAAGCCCAGGAGGCUGAAAAGCAGAUCACACUGGAGUGUGCUUCGCUGAUGCGUUCAAACACAGCAACUCAUGCCACAGUCAACAUCAGGCCCAUCAUCAUCAUCAUCAACAACAACAUCAACAACAGAAACCCAGGACAGUUUAUGGGAACUUUUUGA